AAAAAAAAAAAUUGUAGUAAGCAAAAAAUAUUGCUCAAGAGUUAUUAACAAAGAAGAUGUUUAGCAACACGGAAUCGGAAUACUUUAUUCCGGUGAAGAAAGAAGCUUCACCGGUGAUGACGACGUCAACGAUGAGAGCUCGACCAGUGAAAUCUCCACAUAACUUUGAGGCCAUUCUCAAAAACGCAGAUCCUCCGAUCUCUGUAUCCUCUGUUAAUCUCUUUCAACAGUUACGGUCUGGUGUUUUCUUAAAGCCCACGAAACAGAUCAAAUAUUGGGUGGACGAGAGAAACAACAACUGCUUCAUGCUCUUUGCAAGGAACCUCACGAUCACUUGGUCUGAUGACCUCAACUAUUGGACUUGGUUUACCGACAGAGAAUCACCAAACGAGACAGUUGUGGAAGCUGCGGAACUGAAAAACGUGUGUUGGCUCGACAUCAUGGGAAAAUUCGACACGAGGAACCUCACUCCGGGGAUUGCGUACGAGGUGGUCUUUAAGGUGAAGCUAGAGGAUCCUGCUUAUGGAUGGGACACGCCGGUAAACCUAAAGCUAGUAUUGCCUUCCGGUAAGGAGAAACCACAGGAGAAAAAGGUGAGUUUAAGGGAACUCCCACGGUAUAAAUGGGUCGAUAUCAGAGUCGGAGAAUUUGUACCGGAGAAAUCUACCGCCGGAGAGAUCAUUUUCUCAAUGUAUGAGCAUGUGGCUGGCGUUUGGAAGAAAGGGCUCUUCUUCAAAGGUGUUACAAUUCGUCCCACACAUUAAUAAUAAGGGUUUAUUUGCAAAAUAAUUAAUAUGGCAAACAAAGAAAACAUAAAUAUCCAUAUGCACCAGUACUAGACCUUGUUCUAUGUAUGUUACACUGCACAUCAUACCAUGUGGGUGUUUUUUGUAUGAUAAGUCACUAGUUUAAAUAACAACUUUGCUAUUGGUGUUGAAUAAAAGCAAAACCUAGAGUUUGUAAUGUUUUACAAGUUUAAAUUCAGGUUUAUGACUUGAGUGUCCGUAAGUAAUAUAUGA